UAAAUACUCAUCAAUUUCUUUGAGAGAUUCACAAGCGAUUUGCAACCUGAUUUCCUGAUAGCUGGGUUACAAUUCCUGACAGCAAUAGGAGACAGGACAGAUUCCUUCCAUGGAUAAGCGCAAGGCACUCAUGCGCCUUGCUAUAUGGCUAGCCUUUAUUCUUCCCUUAUCGACUGUUCUGGCAAGACCAUCAGAGCCUACUACGCAAACUCGGACUUACACUGAUGAAAAUGGAGACACAGUUUACGAAACUGUAACUGAAUACGAUGAAGAGGAAUCAGAUGGUUCUUCAAGUUCCAGACGUAGUUAUAGUAGCUCUAGUAGCUCGAGUGACUCUGGUGACUCUAGUAGAUCGAAGAGCUCCAGUAGUUACAGUAGUUCUAGCAGUAGUAACAGCUUCGAUGAAGAAGAUUCAAGCAGUUCAAGAAAUAAGGAGGUCUAUAAAAGUGGAGAAAGGGACACUUCUAGUUCAAGCUCUGGUAAGAGAGGAGAUAGGAUAUCAGAGAGUGAAAGUUAUAAGUCCUCUGAUAAAGAUGAACAAAGUAAUAGUGCUCACUCGAAACACUCAUCGAAGAAGAAAAGUGGUAGGAGCGAAACAGAUUUCUCUGAAAAUGGUAAAAGUAGACACUCAAGCAGUGCCAAAGAGAGUUCCCAAUCAGAGGACGAAGAGGAUCGAAAAAGCAUGUCUCGCCACGAACACUCUUCAAGCAGAAACAAGAGCAAAAAAGAAAAACUUUUAAAUGGAAGUGACGCAUCAGGUACUAAAAAGAAAACAGGUCGAUAUGAAGAAAGAGAUCAAUCUACGCAAGAAAGAGAUGAAAAUAGUAGUUCUCAUUCAAAGCAUAAAUCCAGUAAACAGAGCAGUCAGAAAGAAGAAGAUGAGAGUGAUAGCAGAAAUGGAGGGAAAACUAAGCAUUCCAGUAGAAAGUCCAGUAGCAAUAAAUCGUCAAAAGAAAUGGAUGAAAAGGACAGUUCACAUUCUAAGCAUUCUUUAAGCAAACACAGCCAUUCUUUGAAAAAGGACAUCAAUGAUGAAAGUAAUGUCAAGAAACAUGAUACUCAUAAAGAAAAAGGUGGAAAAAAUCAUCAAAAAGGUGGAAAAGAAUCAAGCAAGCACACCGAUAAAAAUCACAAAAAAAAUCACAGUGAGUCCUCUGAUAAUAGUUUGGAAGAAAGUGAAAGCUCUUCGAGUAAACACCAAAAAAACAAGCAUUCGUCCUCAAAAAAGCAUACACAUGAUUCCGAGUCUGAUGACAAAAUUACGAAAACGCACAAGGACAAAAAGCCAAAGAAACCCGUUGAUAAUUCCCACGGUAAAGGGGAUAAAUCAGAUCAUGGUAAAGACAAGCCAGGACAUCAGGGAGAUCAACCAAAGGGCAAAGGAAAUAAGCCUAAGCAUGGACAUGGAAAACCAGGAUCCGACAGUAUCACAGAAAAGCAUCAUAAAAAGACACAUGAUGAAUCUUCAGAAACUAGUUCAGAUGAAAAUGAAAGCUCUUCAAGUCAACAUAAAAAGAGUAAACACUCUUCCACUAAAAAACACAAGCACGAUUCUGAAACAGAUGAAACAAAAAAUAAACCGAAGGUUCCAGGCAAAGAUCAUGGUCAUAAGGGACCUGGUGAUCAUCCUCAUGGUAAAGGAGAUAAGCCCGGCUCAGAUCAUGAUAAGCCAGGUCACUCAAAAGAUCAUCCCCAUGGUAAGGGAAGUAAGCCCGGUAAAGAUCACAACAAACCAAGUCAUCCACACGGCAAAGGAGAUAAGCCCGGCAAGGGUCAUGAUAAGCCAGGUCACCCAGGUGAUCACCCGCAUGAAGGAAAUAAGCCAGAACAUGAUCAUGGUAAGCCCGGUCACAAAAGUGGACACCCAGGCGAUAAGGGAAAUAAACCUCAUCACGGACAUGGUAAACCAGGAUCCGGCAGCAACACAGAAAAGCAUCAUAAAAAGACCCAUGAUGAAUCUUCAGAAACUAGUUCAGAUGAAAAUGAGAGUUCUUCAAGUCACCAUAAAAAGAGUAAGCAUUCUUCUACUCGAAAACAUAAACACGAUUCAGAAUCAGAUGAUUCAAAAACUAAACCUAAAAGUCCAGGCAAGGAUCAUGAUCAUAAAGGUCCUAAGGGUCACCCUCAUGAAAAAGGUGAUAAACCUAACCACGGUAAAGAUAAGCCAGGUCAUCCAAUUGAUCAUCCCCAUGAUAAAGGAAAUAAGCCGGGAAAAGAUCACAACAAACCAGGCCAUGGCAAGCCAGGACAUUCAGAUCAUCAUCCACAUGGAAAAGGAGAGAAACCAGGUUCGCAUCCUGAUAAACCAGGACAUGGAAAAGAUCACCCCCAUGGUAAGGGAGACAAACCCGGGAAAGAUCAUGACAAACCAGGUCAUCCGCAUGGAAAAGGAGAUAAACGUGGGCAUGAUCAUAAUAAACCUGGUCAGCCAAAAGAUCACCCUCAUGGUAAAGGAAACAAGCCUAAGCAUGGACAUGGUAAACCAGGAUCUGGAGGCAUCACAGAAAAACAUCAUAAAAAGACCCAUGAUGAAUCUUCAGAAACUAGUUCAGAAGAGGAUGAAAGUUCUUCAAGUCACCAUAAAAAGAGUAAGCACUCUUCCACUCGAAAACACAAACACGAUUCUGAAGCAGAUGACUCAAAAAAUAAGCCGAAGGUUCCAGGAAAAGAUCACGGUCAUAAGGGGCCAGGUGGCCGACCUCAUGGUAAAGGAGAUAAGCCUGGUUCUCAUCCUGAUAAACCAGGACAUGGGAAAGAUCACCCUCAUGGUAAAGGAAACAAACCUGGGAAAGAUCAUGACAAACCAGGUCAUCCACAUGGAAAAGGAGAUAAGCCUGAGCAUGAUCAUAAUAAACCAGGUCAUCCAAAUGAUCACCCUCAUGGUAAAGGAAAAAAGCCUAAGCAUGGACAUGGUAAACCAGGAUCCGGAGGCAUCACAGAAAAACAUCAUAAAAAGACCCAUGAUGAAUCUUCAGAAACUAGUUCAGAAGAAGAUGAAAGUUCUUCAAGCCACCAAAAAAAGAGUAAGCACUCUUCCACUCGAAAACACAAACACGAUUCUGAAACAGGUGAUUCAAAAAAUAAGCCGAAGCAUCCAGGCAAAGACCACGGUCAUAAGAGGCCAGGUGGUCGACCUGGAAAAGGGGAUAAACCAGGUUCGCAUCCUGAUAAACCAGGACAUGGAAAAGAUCGCCCCCAUGGUAAGGGAAACAAACCCGGGAAAGAUCAUGACAAAUCAGGUCAUCCACAUGGAAAAGGAGAUAAGCCUGAGCAUGACCAUAAUAAACCUGGUCAUCCAAAUGAUCACCCUCAUGGUAAAAGAAAUAAACCUCAUCAUGGACAUGGUAAACCAGGAUCCGGAGGCAUCACAGAAAAACAUCAUAAAAAGACCCAUGAUGAAUCUUCAGAAACUAGUUCAGAAGAAGAUGAAAGUUCUUCAAGCCACCAUAAAAAGAAUAAGCACUCUUCCACUCGAAAACACAAACACGAUUCGGAAACGGAUGAUUCAAAACACAAACCGAAAAGUCCAGGAAAAGACCACGGUCAUAAGAGGCCAGGUGGUCGACCUCAUGGUAAAGGGGAUAAACCAGGUUCGCAUCCUGAUAAACCAGGACAUGGGAAAGAUCACCCCCAUGGUAAAGGAAACAAACCCGGGAAAGAUCAUGAUAAACCAGGUCAUCCACAUGGAAAAGGAGAUAAGCCUGAACAUAAUAAACCUGGUCACCCAAAAGAUCACCCUCAUGGUAAAGGAAAUAAAUCUCAUCACGGACAUGGUAAACCAGGAUCCGGAGGCAUCACAGAAAAACAUCAUAAAGAGACCCAUGAUGAAUCUUCAGAAACUAGUUCAGAAGAAGAUGAAAGUUCUUCAAGCCACCAUAAAAAGAAUAAGCACUCUUCCACUCGAAAACUCAAACACGAUUCGGAAACGGAUGAUUCAAAACACAAACCGAAAAGUCCAGGAAAAGACCACGGUCAUAAGAGGCCAGGUGGUCGACCUCAUGGUAAAGGGGAUAAACCAGGUUCGCAUCCUGAUAAACCAGGACAUGGGAAAGAUCACCCCCACGGUAAAGGAAACAAACCCGGGAAAGAUCAUGACAAACCAGGUCAUCCACAUGGAAAAGGAGAUAAGCCUGAACAUAAUAAACCUGGUCACCCAAAAGAUCACCCUCAUGGUAAAGGAAAUAAACCUCGUCACGGACAUGGUAAACCAGGAUCCGGAGGCAUCACAGAAAAACAUCAUAAAAAGACCCAUGAUGAAUCUUCAGAAACUAGUUCAGAAGAAGAUGAAAGUUCUUCAAGCCACCAUAAAAAGAAUAAGCACUCUUCCUCUCGAAAACACAAACACGAUUCGGAAACGGAUGAUUCAAAACACAAACCGAAAAGUCCAGGAAAAGACCAUGGUCAUAAGAGGCCAGGUGGUCGACCUCAUGGUAAAGGGGAUAAACCAGAUUCGCAUCCAGAUAAACCAGGACAUGGAAAAGAUCACCCCCAUGGUAAAGGAAGCAAACCCGGGAGAGAUCAUGACAAACCAGAUCAUCCACAUGGAAAAGGAGAUAAGCCAAAACAUGGUAAAAACAAACCAGGCCUUCCCAUUGUUCUUCCCGUUGGUACAGGAAAUAAGCCAGGACAUGAUCAUGAUAAGCCAAGAUAUGAUAGUACUGAAGAAGAACAUCAUAAGAAAACUCAUGAUGAAUCUUCUGUAACUAGUUCAGAAGAAGAUGAAAGAUAUUCGAGUGAACGUAAAUCAAGAAAACAUUCGACUACAAGAAAAGAGUUGAAUGACUCUAGUUCUGAGGAAGAUUUUGAUGUUGACAGGAAUGAGCGUGUAAGGGGAAAGAAAGGGAAGUAUGGAGAUAUUCGAAGUUCAAAGCGAAGAACUAAUAAACACAAUGACUUUGAUGAAUAUUCUUCUAUUGAAAGUUCGGAGGAAGAAGAUUCUUUUAAUGAAAGAAGCUCCAGAAAACACAAACAUAGAUCAAACUAUGAAGAUGAAUCGAGUGAAACAAAUGACAGGCACGGUAAGGGACGCAAACCUAAAUGCAGCAGACGUAAGGAAUCACGGGGACAUGGCAAUAAUAAUUUCUCCGGUGGUAGAUCACGUGGUAAGAAGCAUCACACCAAGAAACCUAAGAAUGGUAAAACUUCUGAAACAGAUUCUUCGGAAUUCAUCAAUAAAAAUAUUGACAAUGAAUUUGAAAGCUCUGAAUUGUUUUCCUCUGAUGAGGAAAGUUCCAGACAAUCCAGCCGCAUCCACAGGGAAAGAUCAGAUUCAUCUUCAUUUGAAGAAGAUGAUUUUUCCGAUCAAGAUUCUUUAAAUGGCAAGCCAAUUUGGAGCGAACGCCAACAUUCGUAUUCCAGUCAUUCUCAUAACGGAGAAGAAACAUCGGAGGAAAGUGCCUCUUCAAGAAGUUCCGAUAGUGAUAACGAUACCUCUUACUAUAGAAGAAGACAAUCUGGAAGACGCGAUACCGAUCGGGAAUAUGACGAUACUGAAUUCGAGGAGACAUUUACAAAUGAUGAUGAUUUUGAAAAUGAAGGUUCUCCAUUCAGUUGGAUAUAUAAAACUUUUGAAAGUACUGAGUCCCAAGAUACUGAAUCCGAUUCGAUAUACACAUCUGAUGAGGAAUUUGAAUCACAAGAUAGGGAUUUUGAAGAGAGAAUUCCAAAUGAUGAAAGUUAUGACGAAAAUAACUCCAGAGGUAAAAGACCAGGACAUAAAACUAAGCGCGAAUCCAUACCUGAAAAUUCGUAUGAAAAUGGUGACGAUAAUGAUGUAAUCUAUAUUGAAAAUGAUGAAAAUGAUACUUCUAACGGGGAAAACUUUAAUGAAAACAAGAUUUAUGAAUACGACGACGAGGGAGCGGAUGAUGUAGAAACUAGUGAUUCGAGCGGAAGUCGCCCUAUUUACAAAUAUGAAAAAUCAGGUGACAGUGAAAAUGGUAAAAUUGGAGAUCGAAUCAAAUUACCCAUUGCAAAAGGUUCUAAUGGUAAAUAUCAUUAUGUAGAGGAGGAUGAUUCAGAAGACUCCGAAAAAGAAAUUGUUAAGACAAAUGUUAGUGUAGAAGAAGAUAAUAAACUUAUUCCUGAACACAUAAGGGGAUGGAACAAAAAGCAUUAUGGCGAGAAAAGUAUUGAUACUUACUACUCGUGGAUAACUGAGCAUAAAAUUCGUUAUGAGGACGUAAGUACUUACAUAAAAGAUUUAACAUUUAAAGAGGCCAUUUCUUCGGAAAAAAUAGAACAAUUCUAUAAAUUGUUGGGAUUUUAUCCAGAUUCUGAGAGUUUAUUUAAUUUCGUUAAACAUUGUCAUAAAUAUCCUGAAAGGCCAAACAACUACGAACAAAAUUUUCAGUACAGCCUAAACGAAUAUUUCUUCUCUAGUUCCAAAACGGUUUCUAAGAAUGUGUAUUCACUCUAUGAGAAAAACCUGUUUUCCACGAAAAAAUUUAUUAAUAAUGCACAAUAUGAAUUUAAACGUAAGUUUUUAACACCUUUAUCAUUCGAUGAAUUGAAGACUUCAGAAAGAUACAAACAUAUCUACUACAUAUUGUUUGGGUUUUAUGCAAAUUCCCAGAAUAUUUUUGACUUUACGAGAUAUUGCCAUCAGUUUCCCACACAACCUGACAAUUAUUUAGAUAACUUCUCAAAUUCUAUCGAAAAUGUUCUCAGCAAGGAAGAUCAGGAAGUAUCUGAUGAACAUUAUGAACAUUUUAACAACAAGUUGUUUAAAGGUACAAGAUCUGACUUCCAUAGCACUUACGAAAAUAGGCGAACAUUUAUUAUAAAUAAAACCUAUAAAGACAUUCAAGGCAAAGAAUACUCAGAUCAGUUUUCCCACCUAUUUGGACUGUAUCCGAAAUCAGAGAGCCUCUUUAAUUUUAUUCUAUUUUGUCACAAAUUCCCAAACAAGCCAGACAAUUAUUAUAAAAAUUUCCAAAAUUGUAUGAAUUAUGUUGUUAGUUCCAAAUCGAAUGAGAUCACAAAGGAAAUCUAUGAAAGGUUCAAUGAAAACCUAUACAGCACUAAAACGAAGUACAAUAAAAGGACAACUUACAAAGAGAGGUACAGCUUUAUACGAAAAUUGAGUUACAAAGAAGUGAUCCAGAGAAAAUACUACAUUAAGUUCUACAAUCUCUUCGGUUAUUAUCCACUAAACAAGAGUUUAUUUAACUUCACCAAAAAAAUUCACAGCUACAAGAAAAAGCCUAAAAAUUACGAGACGGGUUUUUCAAAAUGUCGGAAAGAGUUUAAAAACUCCAAAUCACUGAAAGUAACGGAGCAUUUAUUAAAGACAUUCAGGAAGUAUGUUUCGACUUCAUCAGAAGGUGAAAAUGUUGAAGAAGACCACGAAAACGACAAAGAUAAUCAUACUAAUGCGGAGGAGACCACAAAACCGGAAGAGGAACAUGAAGACAAAGAACGGGAAGAUAAUAAGGAAGAAACUAUUGAAAAAGAUACCUCGGUCAGGAAAGAUAGUGAUUAUGUGUACAAAUAUUCAAAUGGAUGGAACAAAAAGAAUUAUGGUGGAAAAAAUAGAAAAUAUUAUGUACACUUGACAACUAAAAAAGUAAAAUAUGAAGUAGUAUACAAAUUUAUGAAGACCCUUACUUUUGAAAAAAUCAAAUCGACGAAAAUUAUUAAAAAGUUCUUCGAAUUGUUGGGAUAUUACCCGGAGUCUAAAAGUUUGUUUGAUUUUACUAAAUACUGCCAUAAAACUUCAAAGAAACCCAGAAAUUAUGAAGCAAAUUUUCAAUAUUGUUUGAAUAUUCAUUUCUCUUCGGGAUCACGUGAAGUUUCAAAAGAUUUGUAUAAGCUGUACAAGAAAAAUUUGAACUCCAAGGAGAGGUACAUCAACAACUCUCAGUAUAGUUACAAACGAACAUUUUUACGCAGCUUAAGCUAUGAUAAACUCAAGAGUUCUGAGCAUGCGAGAAAUAUGUUUUAUGUAUUAUUUGGUUUCCAUGCCGAAACAAGGCAAAUGUUUCAUUUCACCAGAUACUGCCAUCAUUACAAGAAACAACCAGAUAACUACAGCGACAACUUCUUCAAAGUCAUUGGUAAUAUUGUAAGCAAAAAAUCCCGCAAAGUUACAGAUACGUUGUACCGUCAAUUUAAUAAAAAGCUGUUUGCUAAGCGCACGUCCAGCCGAAUACUAAGCACUUACGACAACAGGCGAGACUUCAUUAAAGAUAUUACUUACAAAAACUGCCAAACAAAAGAGAAUUCCGACAAAUUUUUCAAAUUGUUUGGAAUUGAAGUUAAAUCAGAAAGCAUAUUUGAAUUUAUCAAAUAUUGCCACAGUUUUCAGAUAAAACCAGAAAACUAUUUCAUAAACUUCCAGAAUAGCAUUAAUGAGAUUUUUGACACAAAAAUUACUACCCUCACCAAGGACUUUUAUGUGAAAUAUAGUACCAAUUUGUUUAACAUAAAUAUAAAGUAUAAGAGCAAUGCAUCAUACAGUGAAAGGUACAGGUUCUUAAGUAAGUUGUCUUAUACAAAUGUUCUACAAAAGAUGCUAUACACCAAGUUUUAUCAACUUUUCGGAUACUAUCCCAUUACAAGCAGUUUGUUUAAAUUCACUAAACACGCACACGGUUCCAAAAAGCAACCUAAAAACUACAAAAAAGGAUUUUCAAAGGCUUGGAAUCUUUACAAAAAAUCGAAUUCAAUAAAGAUCACAGAUAAACUGUACAAGACAUAUGAAAAGUAUGUGUCAGAAAGUAGCAGCAGAAGAGAGACUGAUCAUGAAAAUCAUAAGAGCCCAAAAUCACACCAUGGUGGCUCAAAAUCCCACCAUAGAGGGGACUCAAAAUCAAAAGAGGCGAUUGGAUUCGGGGAACGUGUCACUUUCAAACAAACAAGAGGGUGGAAUAAAAAACGCUAUGCGGGAAAAGUAAACUCUCAUUUUUAUACUUGGAUAACAAAGAAUAAAAUAAAAUACACUGACGUUCAUAAAUUUUUGAAAAAAAUAACAUUCAGCGCUGUGAAAACUACUAAAAACCUACACAAGUUCUUCAAAUUAUUAGGACUUUAUCCAGAAACUGAAAGUUUUUUCAAUUUCGUUAAAAAAUGCCAUCAAUAUCCUGAGCAGCCCAGUAACUAUGUCGUCAAUUUCCAGAAUAUUAUCAAUCUGCACUUCGCGUCUGGAUCCCGUGAAGUUGGCAGCGAUCUUUUUACAAAGUAUGAAAAGAAUUUGCAUUCAAAAGAGAUUUACAUAAACAAUUCCGAAUACUUGGAAAAACGUUACUUCUUAAGAGAUGUCUCAUACGAUAAACUAAAGGAUUCGGAGAACUACUGGAACUUUUACUAUGUUGUUUUCGGAUUUUAUCCCGAAACUAAAGAGAUUUUUGACUUCACUAAAUACUGCCAUCACUUUGAGAAAAAACCAGACAGAUUUGCAGAAAAUUUCCAUAGUACUAUCCGUAAAUUCCGUAGUUCGAAGCGUGUGACCGACAAGCUAUAUCAACACUUCCACAAAAACUUAUAUUCUCGAUCAAAUUUCGGAUACUCUUUGGACUAUACAGGAAGGUAUGAGUUCUUAAAAACUCUUACGUUUAAAAACGCUUUAAGUCAAGAGCAUCGAAAUGUAUUCCAUUACCUUUUUGGAGUGCAAGUAGAAGAUGAAAGCCUAUUUAAGUUCAUUAAGUGGUGUCAUCGGUAUAAAACAAAACCGGCCAAUUAUUACCUUAAUUUCUUUAAAUGCCUUCACAAACAUCAGGCAUCAGGUUCAAAAACAGUUAGUUCUGACUUAUAUAAGUUAUUUGAAAAUAAUCUCGGCGCUAGUGGUGGUGAAGGCGUAGAUGAAGAUUCUAGCGGUGGACAUAAGAAGAAAGAUUUGGGACACUUGCCAAAACUUGGAUUAUUACAUGAUAAGUAUGGUAGAGAAGAAAAACAUGGAGGUGGAGAAAGACAUGGAGAUGGUGGUGGACAUAGAAAUAGUUGGUCUUGGAGGAGUGGAGGAGGACACAAGGAAGAGGGUGGUCAUGGUCAUAAAGGACAUAAAGAAGGAGGUGGAGAAAGACACGGAAGUAGUGAAAGACAUGGAGAUGAUGGAGGACAUAGAAAUAGUUGGUCUUGGAGGAGUGGAGGAGGACACAAGGAAGAGGGUGGUCAUGGUCAUAAAGAACAUAAAGAAGGAGGUGGAGAAAGACACGGAAGCAGUGAAAGACAUGGAGAUGGUGGAGGACAUAGAAAUAGUUGGUCAUGGAAGAGUGGAGGAGGACACAAGGAAGAGGGUGGUCAUGGUUAUGAAGGACAUAAAGAAGGAGGUAGCCAUGGUCAUAAAAGUUGGUCGUGGAGAAUUUAAAUAGCCGAACAUGUACAAGGAUAUAAUAAAUAAAAUUAAACAAAACAUGUAUCGUAAAACACUUUUAUGGAACAAUUUUGUGAUUAGUAAAAACUUUUCUAUUAGCAGAAAAUGUAGCAAUACAGAUCUGUGUUCAGUCUUAUGUAUAAUCAGUAUGAUUUGCAGUGGUGAUGGUGCUGAGUGUAAAUUAUUAUACAUCUUCAAAUCUUUAUGCAAUAAAGUAUCAUUAUAACUAUCUAA